AUGGCAAGGAAGCGUCAUAUUCCCCCUAUCCCGGAAGAACUACCACCCUGCGAUGGCCCAAAGCUUCCCCUAUUCGAGCACCACGACUCCAAAAUCGAAUGGCUUGAACGGCUUGGAGAUGGGGAUACAGCACACGAGGGCUAUGUCUUCCGUGUCAAGAUUGAACGAGCCGAGUACGCAAUUAAAGUGUUCAAAUUCUACGACCCCAUGAAAAGCGAAUACUUCUGGGAACCUCUCAUCGGAAACGGGUCACUGCAUACGGCCGCCUAUUAUACCGAUCCAUUCUACAAUGAAUGCCGCGCGUACGGUCGAAUUCGAGAAGCAACAAAGGAAAGACCCAAGAUAUCUGACGCGGUAACUCGUUGCUAUGGGUUCCUUUUUCUCAAUGACAGAGAUCAAAGAUAUCUGGAACAGAAGGAGUGUGACCUGGGACUAAAGAAGGUUGAUCUAGCGUACCAGCGACAGACAGCCGGCGGUGAUAGGCCACGGGCAAUUGUGAAAAGUCUAGCAUCAUCAGAUCAUGGCAUCACUGAGCUCAAUCUGAGGAAGAUCCUUGACCGUAUCUAUACGUUGAACCGAGAGGGGAUAUACAACUUGGAUGUUCGAUUAGAUAAUAUCAAGGAUGGGAAGCUCGUAGACUUUGGAUCGUCGUGGACUGAGCCGCACAGACUUCUAAACGCACUCGAUGAUGGCGCAGCCUACAGCUAUAGGACCACAGAUCGAGUCAUGUUCGAUGAGAUGUUGGUGGAUGAAAGCAUUCCAAACCCCAGGAAUAUUGUAGCUAUGCACUCCAUGACGCUGCGACCAAGAUACAACUGA